CUCCAACAAUCACAUCCAUUCCAUACGUUCUUCUUCCUCUUGCUUCGCGAAACCAAAAACCGCUUCUUCAUUGCUCGUUUUCGAUCUCAACUUUUUUUUCUCUGCGGAAUCGUUUGUGAAUGGUGGAAACGAAUCGGCUCGGUGGCAAGUCUACGCUCUCCCUUCCAAUCGAAAGGGCGAGCCUUUUACUCCCUCUCUCUGCCUCCUCUGUUUUCGCUUUCGGUUCCUGCAAAGAAGGCUGGUACUUCCGCUGCUUCGGCAUCGACCCUGAAUCCAAUCCCCCCCCCACAAUAGCCCUAAUCUCGCUCUGAGAUCUGUUUAUUUUUUUUCUUUAAAUCACUCUUGAAAAUUUCGAAAAAGAUGUUGCUUUACAACAAGCAGAAGAAGAACCAGAACAACGCAAAGAGAAACAGAAUCCUAAUCAGCGUUACGGUUCUUGGUAGCGCCGGUCCGAUCCGGUUCGUUGCUUACGAGGAAGAUCUCGUCGCCUCGGUUAUCGAUACUGCCCUUAAAUGCUACGCUCGCGAAGGUCGUCUUCCUCUUCUCGGAUCCGAUUUCAAUGAUUUCCUUCUCUAUUGCCCCAUGGUUGGACCUGAAGCUUUAAGCGCGUGGAGUGCAAUUGGAUCGCUUGGUGCAAGGAACUUUACUCUGUGUAGGAAACCAGAGGAGAAGAAAGUGGUCAAGGAAGGAGAAUCUAAUUCCAUUAAUGGAGCGAGGAAAGGAGGAAGCUUGAAGGCUUGGAUCAACAAGUCUUUUAGCCUCAAAGUCUCCACCCAUUGAAGAAGAUCUUCUUUUUCAGACAAGACAGUAUCCAGUUUUUGUGUCUCUUUUACUUUCGCUUUUUUUUGUUUUGAUUACGUACUCUGUCUGAAGCUUCCAUUGACAUUGAAGCUUUUUCUUUUUUUUCCAUCUCUCAUUCACCGGUAAUAAAAAAUAAUAAUUCUUGUGUUGUU